AGAACUCAGGUAACUGCUCCCCAGCCAGCAGUUCCCUCUCUCUGAAAUGAAGGAUAAAAGUCAGAAAACUACUGAAGAUCCUUAGGGAAAUGAGAUUCCCUAAAAUUUGGAUGGAAAAGAAGGGGAAAAUGUACUCAGAAUAUCCAAGACAAUGAUCUCAUUCCUGGAGUUUUGAAGAAGAGGGAACUAAGUUAACCAGUUGCCAAGACAACCUGUGUUGGGGUGAAGGGUCAGGGCAAGGAAAUGGGAGACCUAUGGGUACUUCUGUUUUCAUCUCUGUCCCUAGCAGCCUUUCAUGGCGUCAAAGGCUGUUUGGAGUGUGACCCCAAAUUUACAGACGAUGUUAGGACCUUGUUGGGAAACCUGGUACCUCUAGAAGUUCCUGAGAGAAAUCAACUGCUGGACAGGCAGCAUAAGGGGAUAAUCCACAUAAGCUCCAAGGUCCCCCACAAGGAUAAGAUGCUUCGGUUGUUGGCUGUUCGAAAUGUUGUGAAAUUGAGAGUAUGGCUGAAGGAUGAAUUUUAUAGACUGGGCAAUGAAACAUGGAAAGGAGUCUUUAUCAUUCAAGGCAAGUUUCUGGAGAUCCGCCAAAACUUGGAGAAAAAAAUGACACAAAUACUAAAGAACUUCUCUGAAGUUGCUUGUUCAGAAGAUUGCAUUGUAACUGAAGGUCCUGUCCUUGAUUGCUGGACCUGUCUUCGAAUGACCACCCAGUGUUUCAAAGGAGACUAUUGUGAAGAUGAGGAUGCAGAGAAGGCUGAAAAUCGAGAGAUUUCUCUCUAUCUGAUAUUUAUAGCAGAAGCUGUCAUUUUGGCAAGUGCUGUGCUACUAUUCCAUGUUUGUAUCUCACAUCGGAGGAAAAUGAAGGAAAUACGAGGGACUUUGAUGAUAUAUUUGGAGAAGAAAUUAGAAGAAUUAGUGGAGAUGCUCUACAAAGAUGAUGAGAAAAAAAAUUUGGAGUUCAGGAAAUCAAAUUCACAGUCUCUGAUUGGGGAGCCUACAUGUGCUGAGUCAGAAAUGCAAACUGGGACGUGAGUUCCUUAGUUGUCAGAAAAUCACAGCAUCUUAAAAACUGGAAUAUAGCUUAGAGUUUCUCCCGUGGACAUCCUUACCGACAUCCUGAGACAAUGGACAGAUUGAGAGGGAAAAAGAUUUACCCUGAGCUAUACAGAAAGAAAACUGCUAUGCUACAGUACACACAAGAAACAUAUGCCACGUGAUAAUAAAAAUGUAUUGUUACUCACAUAAAUGGCAGUAAUAAGCCACCUCCAUGUUUAUAAAUAUGAAUUUUGUUUUUAUUAUUAUUUUUCCAUAUGUACAUUCAGGAUUAUUGUAGGUGAUUUCCUAGAUAACAGAUAUUGAAUUUUUAUCAUAGUCUCAUAAGCACAUACAUGUGUGAAAAAUAAAGUCCAAAAAUAGUUGUUGUGA